UUGCUCUUUUUUUUUUUUUUCCCUAUUUUUUUUUUCCCCGAUCCCCUCCUCCUCUUCUUUCUACUCUCCUGAAUUAGAAGCUCCAGGAAUGUGCUAAUUGGCGGCGGCCUCUUCAGAAAGGAAAAUGGAUCUUGUUGCGUGAGGGUGUCAAGGAAACAGCCCCCUGCUACUGAGAGGAAGAAAGGCCAGUGGGAAAUAUUCAGAUUGAAGGAUUUUAAUGGCUUUCAGGUAGAAGCCAAGUGGAGACAAUCAAAAUGAAUUCUAUGGACAGGCACAUACAGCAGACCAAUGACCGGCUGCAGUGCAUAAAACAGCACUUACAGAACCCUGCAAACUUCCACAAUGCAGCAACAGAGCUCCUGGACUGGUGUGGAGACCCCAGAGCCUUCCAGAGACCAUUUGAGCAGAGCCUGAUGGGUUGUCUGACGGUGGUCAGUCGAGUGGCAGCUCAGCAAGGCUUUGACUUGGAUCUUGGAUACCGGCUACUGGCAGUAUGUGCAGCCAACAGAGACAAAUUCACUCCAAAAUCAGCUGCUCUGCUCUCGUCCUGGUGUGAGGAGCUGGGACGGCUCCUGCUCCUGCGCCACCAGAAGAGCCGGCAGAACGAUCCUCCCGGGAAGCUCCCCAUGCAACCCCCCAUGAACUCUAUGAGCUCCAUGAAACCCACCCUCUCUCACAGUGAUGGGUCUUUCCCUUAUGAUUCUGUUCCCUGGCAGCAAAAUACCAACCAGCCUCCAGGCUCUUUAUCAGUGGUCACCACAGUAUGGGGUGUGACUAACACCUCUCAAAGCCAGGUGCUGGGAAAUCCAAUGGCAAAUGCUAACAACCCUAUGAACCCAGCAGGAAAUCCCAUGGCUUCUGGGAUGACUACCAGCAACCCUGGGAUCAAUUCCCCUCAGUUUGCUGGGCAGCAGCAGCAGUUCUCAGCCAAGGCAGGCUCCACCCAGCCAUACAUCCAGCAGGGCAUGUAUGGACGACCCAAUUAUCCUGGAAGUGGAGGCUUUGGUGGCAGUUACCCCGGAGGCCCAAACACCCCUGCAGGAAUGGGGAUCCCCCCCCACACGAGACCCCCAGCUGAUUUCACCCAGCCAGCUGCUGCUGCUGCUGCUGCUGCAGUUGCAGCUGCAGCUGCCACAGCAACAGCCACAGCCACAGCCACGGUGGCAGCCCUUCAGGAGACACAGAAUAAGGACAUGAACCAGUAUGGACCGGUUUGUUCCUCUUUCCAGAUGGGUCCAACUCAGGCUUACAACAACCAGUUUAUGAACCAGCCUGGUCCUCGUGGCCCUGCUUCUAUGCCAGGCAACAUGAACCCAGCAAGCAUGGGAGCAGGAAUGACACCUUCCAGCAUGAGUGGGCCACCCAUGGGCAUGAACCAGCCUCGGCCUCCUGGAAUGAGUCCCUUCAGCACCCAUGGGCAGAGGAUGCCCCAGCAAGCCUACCCAGGCCCACGUCCCCAGUCUUUGCCCAUACAGGGCAUAAAGAGACCAUACCCAGGAGAGCCAAGUUAUGGAAACCAGCAGUAUGGACCAAAUAGCCAGUUUCCAAACCAGCCUGGUCAGUACCCCACUCCCAACCCUCCAAGACCCCUCACGUCUCCCAACUAUCCUGGACAGAGGAUGCCAAGCCAGCAAAACACGGGGCAGUACCCUCCUCCAACAGUCAACAUGGGGCAAUACUAUAAGCCAUCGAGGCCUGUACCUGUGGCAAAUUACCCUCAUUCACCUGUUCCAGGAAACCCCACGCCACCUAUGACUCCAGGGAGCAAUAUUCCUCCAUACCUGUCACCUAACCAGGAUGUCAAACCACCAUUCCCACCUGACAUUAAACCAAAUAUCAAUGCUUUACCACCACCUCCAAAUGCUAAAGGGAAAGUUCACACUUUCUCUCCCUCUUCGAUCCCAGCCAACCACAACGAUGAGCUGCGCCUGACCUUCCCGGUCAGAGAUGGUGUUGUGCUGGAGCCCUUCCGCCUGGAACACAACCUGGCAGUCAGUAACCAUGUCUUUCACCUACGGCCAACUGUUCACCAGACACUGAUGUGGAGGUCUGACUUGGAAUUACAGUUCAAGUGCUAUCACCAUGAGGACAGACAAAUGAACACAAACUGGCCAGCUUCAGUCCAGGUCAGCGUUAAUGCAACCCCACUUACCAUCGAGCGUGGUGACAACAAGACAUCUCAUAAACCUCUGCACCUAAAGCACGUCUGCCAGCCAGGAAGAAACACCAUUCAAAUUACAGUCACAGCGUGUUGUUGUUCACACUUGUUCGUGUUGCAGUUAGUGCACCGGCCAUCGGUUCGCUCUGUACUUCAAGGUUUACUAAAGAAACGCCUCCUCCCAGCAGAACAUUGUAUCACUAAGAUAAAGAGGAACUUCAGUAGUGUAGCAGCUUCCUCUGGCAAUGCAACACUAAAUGGGGAAGAUGGAGUAGAGCAAACUGCUAUUAAAGUCUCUCUGAAAUGUCCCAUCACAUUCCGGAGGAUCCAGCUCCCAGCAAGGGGUCACGAUUGCAAACAUGUACAAUGCUUUGAUCUGGAAUCUUAUUUGCAACUGAACUGUGAAAGAGGAACUUGGAGGUGUCCAGUAUGCAAUAAAACUGCUCUGCUGGAGGGCUUGGAAGUUGAUCAGUAUAUGUGGGGUAUUCUCAAUGCUAUACAAAACUCAGAGUUUGAAGAAGUUACCAUUGAUCCAACUUGCAGUUGGAGGCCGGUCCCUAUAAAGUCAGAUAUUCACAUCAAAGAUGACCCAGAUGGCAUUCCCUCAAAAAGAUUUAAGACCAUGAGUCCAAGCCAGAUGAUCAUGCCAAAUGUGAUGGAGAUGAUUGCAGCUUUGGGUCCUGGCCCAUCACCAUACCCAUCCCUACCCCCUCCUCCAGGAGGCAACAACUCCACUGAAUAUGGUAACCAAGGCAACAGUUACCAAGGUCAUGGCAAUUUUGACUUCCCCCAUGGGAAUCCUGGUGGCACAUCUAUGAAUGACUUCAUGCAUGGGCCACAGCUGUCACAUCCCCCAGACAUGCCCAGCAGUAUGGCAGCUCUCGACAAACCUCUCAGUCACCCCAUGCAGGAAUCUAUCCCACAUCCUGGCAGCACUGAUCAGUCCCAUACUUCCAUGCAGCAAGGUUUGCACGUCCCUCACCCCAGCAGCCAGUCAGGGCAGCCAUUACAUCACAGCGGGCCUCCUACCCAGCAGUCCCGGCAGCCACCCCCGGCCGCUUCUAGCAACCAUCCACACAGUGACCUGACCUUUAAUCCCUCCUCAGCCUUAGAGGGUCAGGCUGGUGGACAGGGAGCACCCGACAUGCCGGAGCCCUCGCUGGAUCUGCUUCCAGAACUCACAAAUCCAGAUGAGCUGCUUUCCUACCUGGAUCCUCCUGAUUUGCCAAGCAAUAGCAAUGAUGACCUUCUGUCUCUCUUUGAGAACAACUGAACCCAUAUGUAUUCUCCCACCCUUUUCACUUGUUCACACGUGUGUGGCUGCACAGCGAGGAACCUUAACACUCCUUUUCCACAAGAGAAGAAAAAAAAAACAAAACAACUCACAACUUGAUCCAAUGGUGCACUCCCUGCUUUCUUCAUCUCAGAACUGCCUUUGUCAGCUUCAAAGACUGUGAAAGUGAUGGGAGAAAAAAAAAUAAAACCACAAAAGUAACUAAAUGCAGUAAUCUCCAAGUCUGCCAUGCUACACAUGACAAGCAUAGACAGUUGUGCAGCUAAUGGAAACCCCUUUUGUUGUUCAUCCUAUAGAGAGAGAGUUCUGUGAUAAACAUAGUGUGAAGUAUUUUGGCAAAAACCAAUUCUUGGCAAAGGAAGAAAAGGCAACAAAAUGGAACUGUCUUUAACUGACCCAUCUCAGAGUGUCCUUCCAAUGCGUGUUCUUCCAUUUUUUUUGAAACUCUUAUCUCCCUCCCACCUCCCCUCUUCCCACCUCCAACUACAGGUUUGCCUUGGAGGGAUUGUCCUGGCCACACACACACACAAAAAAAAAAAAAAAAAAAAAGAAAAACAAAACCACGUACAAAGUUCAAAAAAAAGCACAAAUCCUCCAGUAAAGUGGCAAAGAUAGGGGAGACACAGAGGCCCAUCAGAGGAGCCAGCAGCUUAGCUAAUGUGACUUCAGUAUCAGAGUCCUGAGGAGCCCCAGGCUGCAGCCAGGGGUGUUGGUGUUUCUGCAAUUGCAGGAAUCUUAACCACCUCUUUGCAGAGGAUCCCUCUGGCUGAACACAGAGGUUGGAAACACCCAGGAAAGCUGAAAGAAAAAAUAUUUGUAAUGUUUAGGGAUUUUUUUUUUGUGGUUUUGGUUUCAAAUCAUACCAUCCAUGGCUGUGUAACCAUCCAGCUGUUGAGAUAGCUGUAAAAGAUCUUUUUGCCAUCUAUGCCAUACAGAAUGGAAAAGAGAGGGAGGGGGGAUGCAAACCAAACUGUUCCUAUUACCUACAGCCUUGGGUGCUCCAAACAUUCGUGUCACCAUCUGUGCUGCACAAUACAGAGUAAGACAAAGAUGGGUUAAAGGCAGCCAGGAGAUCACUGCAGGUUGGAGGGAGAGGAACGUCACUAUCUGCAUGAUUAUUUUUAACAGCUGGCUUGAGAAGGGGCAUUGACAUUGGACAGACAUCUUACAGCUUCAUUUCCUUGUUUUGCUUUUGAGUUCUGUUUUUGUGACUGUUACAGAUAACCCAGCCUUUUCUUUUUCUCCUCCUUCGGUUUCUUUUUUUAACUUUGGCUGCCGGGAUGAGCUCUUUCUCCUGAAGGACCAUGGGGAGAAUCUGUUGCUGUUGGUAGAUUGCUCCUGCCCUCCAGAGACCCUGCUGCCACAAUCACUGUCUUGCCCCUGUGAUCUGUGCUUCUUGUGUGGUUGCUGCUUCUGCAUGAGCUUCCUAUUGCUUCUGUGCCCAUUUCUGUGCUCUUUGUCUCUCUCUCUCUUAUAAAUGAUGUACAGUAGCUGUGUAAGAAGUGCAUGUGUGCCAACUCUGCCCUCGUGGUGCAACAUUUCAGCUUUUGCCCACUGUACAGUUAUUGGUUUCCUUCCUUUUCCUGGCUGAAGCCGAUUUGACCCCAACUCCUCUUCCUCAUCCCAAAUCCAAUCUUCGUUUGCCCACCACAAAACAUUUGAAACUCAAGUGCCAGGCAAAAUUUUGGUUUUUUCCUGCUGGUUUGACUAGAUAGCUUCCUAGCCCACCCCCCCCCCUUGUUUAGUUUGCAGUGCUGUAAAUGGCAUGCUCCGUGCUUACAACUCUGGAUUUGUUUUCCUCACCAAAGUCAUAUUUGUAAAUUCUUUGCGGUUUUUGUUUCAUUUUGCUCUUUUUUGUUAACGUUUCCCACUACUGCUGUACAUGCCUCCUGAUAUAUAUAAGCUAGUCAGCAGCACCUUGCUGUAGAUUUUAAAGGAAAUGGCAGUUUAGUUCUUUUAUUUUCCAGUAGGAGUAUUGAAUCUGUCAAACAUAUUAUGUAGAGAUGGUCCCCCACUUAUAUUUUUCCUGUUUCAAGUUUUUUUAAGAAAGGCGCUGUUCAUUAUGCAAAAUCAAUUAUUUUAAGAAUUGCUAUUGUAAAUAUCUUUGUGAAUAUUUUAGUAUCGUCUUUGAUAAUAUUCAACACUUUCAUGAUCUGGUUAUACUUUUGCUGGUGUUUUUAAAUACCUUGUCUGAAGAAAAAUAUGGGUCCUUUUUUAAAAAAAAAAAAAGAAAAUCAAGGGUUCUUUAACAGAUAAGGAAGUUGGGUUAUUUUCUCUCCCCCCCCCCCUCACCUCCCUGUUUUCUUUUGAGAAAUUAGGCAAAAUUUCAUAUCCAUUUACGUGACAAAUUAAUUGGUACAUCAGGCAGCACCUGGAUGAUCAAGGUCCAGCUCUGUCAUGGAAACAGAAUAAGUGAUUGCCUAGGGCAGAAAACUUUUAAAAACCAACAUAAAAUAGACUGACUGACAUUGAUUGACUGUGGGUGGUUGUGGGCUGGUGAUGGCACAGAUGUUGGUUGUUGGCCCAAGUGAGCAGAACACCCAGAACCAGCUUCUGAACAGGUAAAGGUGCACUGAGGCAAGCAGUGAGGGUGUAAGGUACCACGUUUGUGUCACUCCAGGGGUGCCCCGGUCACCGCAGCCGGGGCACUGUAAGGCUGAGGGAUGUUGGUGGGUGGGGAGGGAACCAGUCUGGUGUAUUUUAUUCUGCUUAGGAGUGUUUUUUUUUUUUCUUAUGUAGGCUUGACAACCUGCAGAGGGUCUCUGCAGAAUAUUAAACCACAUGGUGACACAGGUGUGGUUGACACAGUUCCUAGGAAAGGCCAUUCUUCAGUUGCAGAUGUGUUUUGUAACCAUUUUACUGUCAUUUCCCCCCGUCUUUUUGCUUUGUUUUUAUAGAUAUGGAAAUCACAGGCAGGGGUGGCUAAUGAUAAACUGAUUUUAUGCCCUUGGAGCUUGGGUUUUUUUGUUGGAGGGGGUGGGGGAGGGAAGUUUCUUAAGCCAUAGGUUUGGGAAUAAAGAAGAUUUCUCACUGUUGGUUGGAACUGGUUGCUCGGAUUUGUUUGAAUUGAUCCUAUUUAAUGUUCCACCCUCUGCUGAUUGCUGAGCAGCUGAAUUAGUCACCUGAAAUUAUUUUUCUCUUCAACAACGUAUUUCAAACCAGGUAUGCUAAGGACUGACAUUUUGCCAUUUAAAAUGGAUCAUUGAAAUGUACCUGUUGGAAAGCAGGAAGGGAAAAAAAACCCAAAAAACCCAAGAAACACAAACCCAUAGGUGUUAGCAGUAUGUUUGGAGCAGUGUUUGCAGCUGCUUUGUGCAGUACUAAAAGAAUUAAAGUGGGCAGUUGACAUUUGAAGGCUUACAGAAACACUUGGUUUCUAAGCAGAACUUGAGAGAAAGUAUGAUUUUUACCCACCACCCAAAUGUUGGACAUUGAGACAGUUUUUAAACAUAUCUGUCAGCUAAAAUCAGGUACUGUAUAGUAGAAUCAGUAUGAAAAAGCUUCUAAAUGAAAAUUUAGUUAUUUUUUUAUUUGUUCACUGCCGUAUUAAAGUUUAGAGGAAAAAAAAAAAAAAAAAACAAACCACCUAGCAAAUAGGGUAAUCACAGUCAUUUCUUUUAAAGCUUAAUUAUGAUAUGAAAUUCCAGUAGUAUUUUUAUUCCUCUUUUUUGUUUGUUUGUUUACUCUUGAAUUGUUUCCCUAUGGAAGUUCAUCUGGGAAAGAACCCACAGAGAUCUACAAUUCUGCUGCCAAGACAUUAUUCUAGGACUGAGAGAUCCCCACCAAUGUCUGCAGCAGAGACUCAAGGGACAGCUGUACAUAUGUAAAUGACAAAUAGAGACAUGUUAACAGAAAUGCAUUCAUUUUCCUUGGAAUGUGCAUUGUUUUUAUUUCGCAGGAAAAAAAAAAGAAAAAAAAAAAAAAAAGCUUGAAGCUCCAUCUUAUGUGGAAAAUGAAUCCUGUUUGUUAGCGUUUGUGGAGUCUCAGCAUUUGUUUCACUUCUGUAAUAUACUCUGAUCCUUUGUUUUGUUUUGUUUUAUCUACAUGUAAUAUUUAGCUUACGUGUACUAGUCUAUCACCUGUGUAUUUUUAGGGUGCUACAGAAAUAAUGAAGAAAAAUAAGGGGGAUUAAAAAAAAAAAAAAAAUUGUAACCAAAUUCAUACUUUGUACAAUUUUUGAUAUCAUGAUCAGAGGAGAAUUAAAAAAAAAAAAA